UUAAAAAAGAAAAAGGAUUGUUCGGCCAGUAGGCCAGGGUAUUUUUGUGUAUCCCACAGUUCUCGCCGACCAAAACCCUCCGCCUUCCACCAGGGCUUUUUUCACUACUAAGAAAGCUCGACUAGGGUUCGAAGAAUUCUUGGUAGAACCCUCGUAGUUCUCUCUAAUUGUCGCUUGUGGAACGCUCUUAGCUCUCUAAAUCUCCUAGCCAUGUCAAUGGAAGAGGAUGCCAGUGGUAAGAAAGAGGAAGAGGAAUUUAACACAGGUCCUCUCUCUGUUUUGAUGAUGAGUGUCAAAAACAACACCCAGGUGCUCAUUAAUUGUCGGAACAACAAGAAACUACUUGGCCGUGUCAGGGCCUUUGAUCGUCACUGUAACAUGGUUCUUGAGAAUGUCAGGGAGAUGUGGACUGAGAUACCUAAGACAGGUAAAGGCAAGAAAAAAGCACUCCCCAUCAACAAGGAUAGAUUCAUCAGCAAGAUGUUCUUCCGUGGGGACUCUGUUAUCAUUGUUCUCAGGAAUCCCAAAUGAGUUGAGCCUCUGGAGAACUACAACACGAAAUUUCUCUGUUGGGCAAUUAGUUUUGUUCUUCUUACCCUUGCACUUGAGUAUGACUUGUUAUCGUAACUGAAAAUUAUUCCAUGGUGUUCGCAGCUACAACCAAGACUUCAGGAAACUUGGUUACAACACGCCGGUAGUAUUUUAUGUCAUUCAAUAUAUGAAUUGGCACCUGAUAUCUCGAUGUCAAUGGUUGGCAUCUGUUUUCUCAAUGUUGAGAGUAGGUGUAUUUUGCUAUUUUACAAACAGGAAAAAUACUGAUGAUGUUUUCAGGGACA